AUGCCCUAUCUUCUCUCGAGAAAGCCUUUUCAUCAUGAUCAUGAUCAUGACCAUUCACCAAAUUCUAAAAGUUCAAGGGGGUUUCUGAAUUUUAUUAAUAGAGGGCACAGUAACGAUUCAAUAAGGAGUGAAAGGUCAUCAGAUUCAUUACAUUCUUCGUUUUCGCCUCAUGGGCAUGGUGCUCAGAAUCACAAUUUCAACUUGAGUGAAUUUGUGGGCUCUGGUUCUUCCUCACCGAAACAUUCUCAUUCUAUGGCAGAAUUGAAAAGAUUUUUUAAGCCGAAGGUCAAUAGGAAAGGUUCAUCGAGUUCACUUCAACGACCAGUAAAACCUUCAGCUUCUACACUGGAAUUACCUCAGAAUUUAGUUCAACAGUCAGGCGCACACUUACCACCUGAUGCCGCGGCAACCCCUGUACCUCAACAAACUGCAGACCACCAGGCUCACACUCAAUCUGCUAUACCGCCUAGUAGCGAUAGUACGCUUUCGCUUUCGAACAGAGUCAACAUUUAUCACGAUGAUUCCAUAUUAGCACAAAAAUACGGUAAAUUGGGUAGAGUCUUAGGAUCAGGUGCAGGUGGUAGCGUUAAAAUUCUUUAUAGACCAAGUGAUAAUGCAAUGUUUGCCGUAAAAGAAUUUAGACCUCGUAAACAGAAUGAGUCAGUUAGAGAUUAUGCCAGAAAAUGUACAGCAGAAUUUUGCAUUGGGUCUACUUUACUCCAUCCAAAUAUUAUUGAGACUAUGGAUAUUUUUAGCGAUACGAAGCAAGACAAGUAUUUUGAAGUUAUGGAAUAUGCACCAGUAGAUUUUUUUGCCGUGGUCAUGACUGGUAAAAUGUCUAGAGGGGAAAUCAACUGUUGUCUAAAACAGAUUGUGGAAGGUGUUAAAUAUUUACAUUCCCUAGGACUAGCUCACCGAGAUUUGAAGCUGGAUAAUUGUGUGAUGACCAUGGAUGGAAUUUUAAAAAUUAUCGAUUUUGGUAGUGCUGUAGUCUUUAGAUACCCUAUGGAAACGGAAGUCACGCCGGCUCAUGGUAUUGUCGGUAGCGACCCUUAUUUGGCUCCAGAAGUCUUAUCCCACACAAAAUGUUAUGAACCUCAAUGUGCUGACGUUUGGUCUAUCGGUAUAAUAUAUUGCUGUAUGAUGCUUAAAAGAUUUCCAUGGAAGGUUCCUAGAGAAACGGAUGAAAACUUCAGACUUUUUUGCAUGGAAGAUAAUGAACCUCAUGACUAUAUAGCUUCUGCGAAACACCAUGAAGAAUUGUUAAAAGAAAGAGACGAGAGGCAUGAAAAGAAGAACAAAGCUGAACCGGAAUCGAAAUCGGAAUCAGCACCCAACCAAGAUGAACAGCAUCAGGACAAAUCAACGCAUCAUAAUCAUGACCAUCAUACCCGUCAUCAACAUCACCAUCACCAUCAUGAGCGAAACGAUGAUAACGAUAACGAAAAUGAGCAUCACGACCAUAUACAGGAAAAAAGUCAAGAAAGUACGGAUCAGCAUUCUGGUCAGCACGUAAAGCAACAAGAAAAUCCAGAUCAAGCUUCACAGAUAGAUGCAAAAUCUGUAUCAUCGCGUGCCAAACGUGCUGGAGGCCAAAGAAAAAUUUUGCAUGGUCCUUACAGAUUGUUGCGUCUUUUACCACAUGCAUCUAGACCCUUAUUAUCAAGGGUUUUGGAAAUUGAUCCAACAAAAAGAGUUACUAUGAAGGAAAUAUAUCAGGAUGAAUGGUUUAAUGGUAUCAUGUCUUGUACAAUGCAUGGGAAACAAGUGAUUAGAGCUCCAGGCCAUCAUCAUACCCUAGUCAAAGAGGAUGAAAAUCAUUCAGAAACCUUCAAGGUCUGA